AUGUAUCUAUGGGUGAUAUUCUGGUAUUUAUAAUUAUGUAAACUAAGUAUAAUUCCUUUUUUGUUUGAAUUUCUGACAUCUUUGAAUGGGUAUUACUAUUAUGGAAUUCACGAACAUCGAUAGAUGGAAGCCAAGAGACAAGCACUUUAGGCUGAAUAACUAAAGAAGAAGAAAUAAGAAGAAGAUGAAGCAAAGAAAUUGGAGGAGGAGAAUUAACCACUUAAUCCUUAAGAUGGAAUUUAAAAUGCUAUGUCUUAAUGA